UAACAGGGUUUAUAAGAGAAACGUUAAAAAUAAUAUAAAAUAAAGAAAACAAGUAUGAUGCUUGCUGUUGUUCUCUCAGUUAUAAUCUGUGCCUCACAACAUUCCACUGUUGAUGGGAAUGCUAUUCAUAAGUGUGGAUUUCCUGCUAUACCACCUGAAUAUUCGCGAGUCAAGUCUAUGAGUGCUGUUAUUUUGAAGGGCGCGGAUGAACCGAUGUUUAAACGCUGUAACAAGACAACUUGCUGCCCAACUCUAUAUACAUGCUGUGGGGGUGGCAAGAAUUGCUGUUUCCUAAACUUCGUAAGACCACCUCUAGUUAUAAAGUCAAAAAAUUGCGAAUAAUUAUGAAGAAUCGUUCAUCAAUAUCACUAUGUGUUUAUUGGAACAAUUAUCAACUCUUCGAAAUGGUUUAUACAAGAGUAAGAAGGCUAUAUUGAUGUCUACUAUUAACUUUUUAAGCAUUUCCGGCUACUCACUGGACAUCCUGUAUAUACGUGUGUAUGUGUGUCUGUUUAUUGGAAAAAUUUGGACUUACGGCAUGUAUUAUACAAGUAAUACACGAUACGCACGGAACUGAUCUAGAUUUUAUUUUGGAAAACAUUGCAUAAUUAAUUGCUGAUAAGGUUGAGUACCAGUUGAUAAGAGGGUUUAUAAGAGAAAUGCUAAAAAUAAUAUAAAAUAAAGAAAACAAGUAUGAUGAUUGCUGUUGUUCUCUCAGUUAUAAUCUGUGCUUCACAACAUUCCACUGUCGAUGGGAAUGCUAUUCAUAAGGCAGGAUUUACUGAUAUACCGCCUGAAUAUUCGCGAGUCAAGUCUCUGAGUGCUGUUGAACUGAAGAAAAUCCUCUGGUAUGGUAACAUUAAAGGAGCAGAUUUUUCUAUAUCUUGGGUUUGA